UGUCAUUCAGUGGCCAAAAUUUCCCCGACUGUCCGGUUGAAAGAGCGUUGACAUACUUUCGAUAUCAGAAAAAUUAUGAUAAACACAUCAAUUACAGUGAUUUAGUUGUAGAACAAACGGACUUAUGUUGGCUCGAGUUUUAAGACGAAACAUGGAUUUCGGGUUCGGCGAUUUCCUGUAUCCAAAUGUCGCUGGCUUGCGGCAGUUCUUUGAAAGGGAUGCGCAUAUCGGUCCAUCAUCGAGCUUCCACCAGAUGGCGCGGAUGAUGGACCGGAUGAUGACGGAGAGCCUGCAGCCAUUUGGGUUCGCGAGAGUAACGGCGCGCCGGGCUAAAUCCGACAAAGGAGAUGACCCACCGCGAGAUGGUCUGCGCAGCGAAAAGGGAGCAGCGAAGAAAGAUAGGAUUAGACCGGACACGCAUGCCCACAAUGGCACCCGCCAUCCACCCACGCAAGAUGGAGUUUUAAGUGGGAAUUUUUUAGUCGUCAGGCCGACUCAAGCGACUUCAUUCCAAGAAUCGCCAUUGGAUCAAGUUAAGCAGUCAGAUCCGACGACUGAAAAGUGGGCUGGAACCCUUCGUAGAAGAGACCCUGAGAUACAACCGACUUUACCCUCUAUCGUCUCUCGGAAGACUUCGACCGCUUCCGCAGUGAGCAGCGGAAGAAAAUGUCGAUCAGUAGAAAGAAUUCCAAGAGUUAAGAGGCAGUUGGCUCCGAUCAAACCGAUUCGAAAGACUGAUGGCACAACUGAUGGUGAUGUCACAAUCUUGGAGAGAGACGAAAAAGUCUUUGACACGAGUGGUUACGAAUUACAUUUAGUGGAGACUUUGGAAAGAGACAUACUCCAGAAGAAUCCAGAUGUCCGUUGGAGAGAUGUUAUUGGAUUGGAUGAUGCGAAAGCGGUGCUGCAAGAAGCAAUGGUGUUGCCGCUCGUCAUGCCUGAUUAUUUUAAGGGCAUCCGUCGCCCGUGGAAGGGCGUACUGCUUACAGGUCCGCCGGGUACAGGAAAGACGCUACUGGCGCGUGCCGUGGCUACGGAGUGCCGUACCACCUUCUUCAACGUCUCCUCCGCUACACUCACCUCUAAAUACCGCGGUGACUCCGAGAAGCUCGUCCGACUGCUCUUCGAUAUGGCUUCGUUCUACGCGCCGAGCACGAUUUUUAUCGAUGAAGUAGAUUCUCUGUGCGCGGUGCGCGGCGCUGACUCCGAACAUGAAGCCUCGAGACGAUUCAAAGCUGAACUGCUCAUACAGAUGGAUGGGCUCGCCGCCAUUUUCAACCAAGAUAAAGUGGUAAUGGUGCUGGCAGCCACCAAUCACCCCUGGGAUAUCGAUGAGGCCUUCAGGAGACGCUUUGAGAAGAGAAUAUACGUCGGUCUUCCUGAUGAAAUAACAAGAUCGAAACUCCUCAAGCUUUGCCUCCGCGAGGUAUCGCUCACAGAGGACGUGGACUUCCAAGACAUGUCGGAGAAACUUGACGGGUAUAGCGGCUCCGACAUCUGUAACAUAUGCCGAGACGCAGCAAUGAUGACAAUGCGUCGAAAAAUCGCGGGAAAAAGCCCUGAUCAAAUACGUCGUUUGAAGCAAUCGGAGUUAGAGGCGCCCGUGUCUAAGGACGAUCUGAACGCGGCCAUAGACAAGACACGGCGCACUGUCAGCUCGACAGAUGUCGCGCGCUACGUCGCUUGGAUCCAGCGCCACGGAUGCUCUUAGCGCAGAAGUAAAGCGCUUCGAGCGCUGCUCAGGAGACUGAGGAAUUGUUAGAGCUCUCGGUAUAGCUCGCAAGCGCUUUAAGUCGCUAGAAACGCUGUAAGGACUUGUUUUGUUUGAAAUUAAAAUUAAACUCUAGUUUAUGGUGAAGAAAUACAAUCGAAAGUGAUUAUUUAUUGGGACUAGAUAUAAAAAUUAAUACUUAUUGUGAAAGUGGAAAGAUGUGGUCAUAAUUGAGGUGACGGAAUAUAAAUUAUUACUUUUUGAUAAGUUGUAUGUAUUAAUUGCUUUCUUAAUAAUCAUUUUAUAUUAUACGACC